GGGGAUCACAUGAUGAGAUGAGCAGUAAAUAAGCGAGUUUUUCCCCAGACAGUCCCAUUAAACGCUAUGUUGCGCUUUCUUCUGUGUACCUUGUUCGUUUGUGUGAUCUCACCUGCGGACACACACCUGCGGUCUGCAGUAUUUAACCAGCAGAGCGGAAAACUGCAGUUAAAGGAGGGAAUUCAGACAGACUUUGUCGCAUUCGCCAACUUCACAGAUGACAUUGUAAACACGGGGUGGUCCUAUCUGGAGGUUGUAACAAAUGGCAAGUACAAUGACACACUGCAAGCUUAUGCUGCUGGAGUUGUGGAAGGUGCGGUCACCUCGCAGCUCAUCUAUAAGCAUUGGAUGAACACACUGAUGGGAUAUUGUGAUCCAAAUGACCCUGGCUACUGUCAACAUCUGAAAGAAUACAUUAUCACUAACCUGCAGUGGGUGGAAGAGCAAAUUGAGAAAGUUACAGAGUCACCGUACUGGCAUCAGGUCCAUUUGUCUCUGCUGCAGCUGAAAGGUUUGGAGGAUGGUUAUAUUGGACAGUGCACAUUUCCAGAGUCAAGUGUCUACUUUAACCCCUUAGGAUUUCUACUUUUCCAGAUGGGUGGAGACUUGGAGGAUUUGGAGGCUGCACUGAACAAAUCCAGUCAGUCACGUACAGUGGGAUCUGGCUCCUGCUCUGCUUUAAUCAAACUCUUGCCGGGUAACAAAGAGCUUCUUGUUUCACAUGACACAUGGAACAACUACCAGGCAAUGCUUAGGAUCAUGAAGAAAUAUGUUUUCUCAUUCCGUACAUCUUUUAAAGACCAGACAUUGAUUCCUGGUAAUACUCAGGCUUUUUCCUCUUACCCUGGCUCCAUCUUCUCAGGAGAUGAUUUCUACAUUCUCAGCAGUGGCCUGGUGACCAUGGAAACCACAAUUGGUAACAGUAACCCUGACUUGUGGAAGUUUGUGAAGCCUCAAGGCUCCGUUAUGGAGUGGCUGAGAAACAUUGUGGCAAACAGACUUGCUCGAUCUGGGAAAGAGUGGGCAGACAUUUUCAGUCAGUACAACAGUGGCACGUACAACAAUCAGUGGAUGAUCGUUGACUAUAAGAGUUUUAUUCCAGGCAGACUCAGUCUGAGCAAAGGGUUGUUAACCGUGCUUGAGCAAAUACCAGGGAUGAUCCAAACUGCAGAUAAAACUGAAGAACUGUAUAACACCAGCUACUGGGCCAGCUACAAUAUUCCGUAUUUUGAGGAGGUGUUUAAUGCGAGUGGAGGUCCAGAUCUGGUGAAGAAGUAUGGCUCGUGGUUCUCCUUUAAUGACAGUCCAAGAGCUCAGAUAUUCCGCCGCAACCAGUCCCUUGUUACUGACAUUGAGUCCAUGGUAUGCUUAAUGAGGUACAAACCUGCAACUCAGACUUCAAAUCAUGUCCAAUUUCAUAGGAGGUACAACAACUUUAUGAAUGAUCCUUUGUCAGCGUGCGAUGGCUGCAAUCCAGCCCAGAAUGGCGAGAAUGCAAUCUCUGCACGAUCAGAUCUGAACCCAGCCAAUGGCACAUACCCUUUUGGAGCUCUUGGACAGAGGCCUCAUGGUGGAACGGACAUGAAGAUGACAUCUUAUGGCUUAUUCAAGCAAUAUGAGCUGUUAGCAGUUAGUGGUCCAACAUGGGACCAGGUGCCAGCUUUUGAAUGGAGCACAUCACCGUACAGCAGUUUAACGCACAUUGGCCACCCAGACCGCUGGGAUUUCCCUACUGUACAUAUCAGAUGGUCAGAAUAAAAGAUAUGUUGUAUGUCAGUGUGUGUCAUCAGACAACCUCAAAUGUAUUUGUUUGCUCUUCUCAAAUAAGGAGGUCCAUACAUUUUAUUUGCACAAUGUGAUCACUGUGUCGUAAAAUGCUUUAUGAUUUUAGGUUGAUUACCAUGUUUGAAAUGUACCUAAUUUGGAAUAAACAACAAAUUUAUAAGUAUA